AUGGCUAUUGUAGGAGCCACAAACAAGCCCUUGCUUCUGCUUGUAGCAAUGGUCAUCUUGUUUGCAUGUGCAUGUUCCGUAGCCACAUCCACAAUCCAUAACGCAUCCGAAACUGACCGACAAGCCCUUUUGGGCCUAAGGUCACAGCUCUCUGAUCCAGCUGGAGCCUUGGACUCGUGGAGAGAUGACUCACUCUCAUUCUGCGAUUGGCGAGGGGUGUUCUGCAGCACCCGGAAUGCACCUCGCGUCGUAUCUCUAAACCUUUCAGCCCUGAACAUCACCGGAAGCUUAUCUCCAUCCAUUGCUCACCUUCGUUUCAUACAUAGGAUCGACAUAUCUUACAACCAAAUCAAUGGCUGCAUACCUCCAGAGAUUGGCAAUCUAACACGUCUGAGUAUCCUCGACCUAAGCAUGAACUCCAUCACCGGGGUGAUUCCAGCUUCCAUAUCUUUCUGUACCCGCCUCCAGGUUAUCAGGCUAAGGAACAACUCAAUGGAAGGUGAGAUUCCCCAAACUCUUGCUAACUUGCAGUUUCUUCAAGAAAUUAUUCUUAGCAAUAACAAACUUGGUGGAAGCAUUCCUUCUGGCAUUGGUUUGCUUCUUAGACUCCAAUUUCUGUUUCUCCCCAGUAACAAUCUGUAUGGUAGUAUUCCUGAGUUCUUGGGAAGUAGUUCAGCACUCUCCAUGGUGGUUGUGCGGAACAAUAGCCUAACUGGUGGCAUUCCACCUAUGUUGGCAAGUUGCUCAACACUCUACUACCUUGACCUCAUGAGUAACAAGCUCACUGGAAACAUCCCUUCUACUCUCUUCACCAGCACAUCUCUUCUUCACAUAGACCUGUCAGAUAAUGGUUUUUCUGGGCCCAUCCCAUCAUCAUCCUUGAUGUAUUCACCUCUGCAGUAUAUUAGCUUAACAAGAAACAACUUCUCAGGAGUUAUACCCGCCACACUUGGAAACAUGUCCUCCCUUAUCAUCCUCCUUCUGGCUGAAAAUAAUUUGCAAGGAAGCAUCCCUGAACAUUUAGCUAGAAUUCCAAGAUUGGAGCACGUCACCACUUAUCUUGGUCUUGGUGAAAAUGAACUUAUCGGAACAAUUCCAAGUGACAUUGGCUACACUCUUCCAAACAUCCAAACAUUGGUCAUGGAAGGAAACCAUUUUGGUGGCCCACCCCAGUGUCUCUGCUUGACUCAGUUAGACCUUGGUGCAAACAAUCUUGAGACAGUAGAUUGGAGUUCCUUGUCUUCAACAACAAGCUCGAACAUGCUGCAGAUGAUAUAUUUAGACAAUAACAAUCUUCAAGGAUCAGUACCGAAUUCCAUUGGGAAUCUUUCAUCUAACUUACAACAAUUGUUUCUAACAGAAAAUAAUUUUAGUGGAAGCAUACCUUCUGAGAUAGGAAACCUUGGAAAUCUCACUGUUCUUCAACUGGAAGGAAACAGAUUCUCUGGAAGAAUUCCUGAGACGCUUGGAAAUCUAGGUAGGUUGUUUGUCUUCAGCUUGGCAAACAAUAUACUUUCUGGUAGAAUCCCGGAAUCAAUUGGAAAUCUUGAAAGCUUAAGUGAGCUUUAUCUCCAGGAGAACAACUUGAGUGGUUCAAUACCUCCAGGCAUUAAAGGUUGCAAGAAUUUAGUGAUGCUGAACUUGUCACAUAAUGUUCUCCAAGGAAGCAUCCCACCUGAAAUCCUAUCCAUUUCUUCUCUUUCUAAAGGCCUGGACUUGUCAUAUAAUAAACUCACUGGAUCCAUAUCAUCUAACAUUGGUAGACUGAUUAAUCUUGGCUUCCUUGAUAUUUCCAACAACCAUUUAUGUGGAGUGAUUCCUCACACACUUGGUGACUGCAUUCUAUUGGAAUCCAUUCACUUAGAGGUGAAUUUUUUUUAUGGGAGCAUCCCCCUAUCCUUUUCAAGCUUAAGGGGCAUCACCAUGAUCGAUCUAUCUCAAAACAACUUAUCUGGUGAAAUCCCAAACUUUCUUGAGACGUUUAGCAGUUUGCAGCUUCUUAAUUUAUCAUUCAACAACCUCGAUGGAGUUGUACCUACAGGUGGUCCAUUUAGCAACUCAAGCAGGGUUUUCUUAGAAGGGAACAAGAUGCUAUGCACAAGAGACCCAAUCCUACAGUUACCACAUUGCAUGUCAACAAUAUCGAAUAGAAAGAGGACUUCCUACAUUAUAUUGAUAGCAGUUCCACUUGUCAGUGCUGUGACCAUCUUAGCUGCUUUAUUCGCUGCAAUCAUUCUUUUGAAGAAGAGAUUUCGUAAGAAGAAGCUUGUUCAAAAGUCACUCGAGGGUUUGAAGAAGUUUUCAUAUUCUGACAUAGCAAAGGCAACAAACGAAUUCUCUUCAGACAACCUUGUUGGAGCUGGGACAUUUGGAUUUGUCUAUAUAGGUAUAUUCAAGUUUUUGGCACACCCUGUUGCAGUUAAGGUGUUCAAACUUGACCAACUUGGGGCACCAAAAAACUUCUUUACUGAAUGUGAGGUGUUACGAAGCACUCGGCACAGAAAUCUUAUACGGGUGAUUAGUUUGUGCUCAGGCUCGGACCAAAUGGGAAAUGAGUUCAAAGCCCUCAUUCUUGAGUAUAUGGGAAAUGGUAACCUCGAAAUAUGGCUGCAUUCAAAUGGGCUGUCAGAAACAAAGAGAAUGCUAUUAGAUCUAGGUUCAAGGAUAAUGAUAGCCAUAGAUAUAGCUGCAGCCUUGGACUAUCUCCACAAUUGGUGCACGCCUCCUCUAGUUCAUUGUGAUUUGAAGCCAAGCAAUGUUCUUUUGGAUGAUGAUAUGGUUGCUCACGUUAGCGACUUUGGAUUAGCAAAGUUUUUGCACGACCAUUCUUCAGUGAACCUUAAUAGUUCAACAAAUAUUAUUGGACCAAGAGGUUCAGUUGGAUACAUUGCACCAGAAUAUGGAACGGGCUGUGAAAUUUCAACAGCAGGUGACAUUUAUAGCUAUGGAGUUAUUCUAUUAGAAAUGAUUACAGGAAAGCAUCCAACAAAUGACAUGUUUAAAGAUGGCCUUAACCUUCACAAUUUUGUGGAGCAUGCAUUUCCACACAAUAUUUGUGAGAUUUUGGACAGCAGUCUCAUUCCGUUUCAUGAGCCAGCAAGUCAUGACAAUGAAAUUGAGAAUCAAACACUCAAUGGUAUUCAAAACUGUAUCAAAAGGAUGGCACAACUGGGCCUAAUGUGUUCUGUGGACUCACCGAAAGAUCGUCCGGCAAUACAGGAUGUUUACACUGAAAUCAUUGCAAUAAAAAAAAUGUUUUUAGAAUCACAGUGUUGA